UAAAAAAGAAAAUUCCCUUUUCGCUGUGGAUGGGUUGUUGGUGAUAGGGCGAGGAAGCCCCACUUAGAUUUUUCAGUAUUACUACUUUUUUGCAGUGUGUUUUUUGAGCAUGCCUUCUUUGAUUGGUUCCUCUCAUACCACUAGAUUCUCUCAAUAUUUGUCUGUCUUGGCCUUAUUCCUCUCAUCAAUUGUUUAACAUACAUGCAUUUUCUUGAACUAGUGUUUUUUUUGUUGGUGGGGUGAUUUUUUCAGUCUUUGUGAAGCUUGAUUCUUGCUUGCUGCAAGAGAUGGAGCCUAGUGUUGUGGGAUUCAAGUAGUGUGUGCGCUGGAGAGAGAAGGGAGAAGAUGGCUUUUAUUGAAGAAAAGAUGAAGGCAGGGGGAGGAGGUUUGGUGAGUGGGGAAAGCAAUGUGAUUGAUGGUAUGAAGCUGUUGAAGGAAAUGCAGGAUCACAGUGGGGUAAAGAAACCAAUAAAUUCUGAGCUGUGGCAUGCCUGUGCUGGUCCACUCGUCACCUUGCCUCCGGUGGGAAGCCUCGUAUACUAUUUCCCACAAGGCCACAGUGAGCAGGUUGCCGUCUCCACAAAUAGGUCAGCAACGACACAAAUACCAAACUAUCCGAAUCUUCCCACUCAGUUGCUGUGCCAAGUUCACAACGUUACACUCCAUGCAGACAAAGAAACCGAUGAGAUCUACGCCCAGAUGUGCCUGCAGUGCAUAAAUUCUGAAAAGGAUGUAUUCCCUGUACCUGAUUUUGGACUAAAACCGAGUAAACAUCCAACGGAGUUCUUCUGCAAAACUUUGACGGCUAGUGAUACAAGCACGCAUGGUGGUUUUUCUGUUCCUAGGAGGGCGGCCGAAAAGCUUUUCCCUCAAUUAGAUUACUCGAUGCAACCUCCAUUUCAAGAACUAGUGGUCCGGGAUUUACACGAUAACACCUGGACCUUUCGCCACAUAUACCGGGGGCAGCCGAAGCGUCACCUUCUUACAACUGGCUGGAGUAUGUUCGUUGGAGCAAAGCGGCUUCGAGCUGGUGAUUCAGUGCUGUUUAUCAGGGACGAGAAAUCGCAGUUGUUGCUGGGAGUGAGGCGUGCCAACCGCCAGCAAACGAUGAUGCCAUCUUCCGUUCUAUCUGCUGACAGCAUGCAUAUAGGAAUCCUUGCUGCUGCUGCUCAUGCUGCUGCUAACAGAAGCCCGUUUACGAUCUUUUACAAUCCGAGGGCAUGCCCCUCGGAGUUUGUCAUUCCGUUGGCUAAAUAUAGAAAAGCAGUUUUUGGGACGCAGCUGUCUAUUGGUAUGAGGUUCGGCAUUAUGUUUGAAACCGAAGAAUCCACUAAACGGAGAUACAUGGGCACGAUCAUAGGAAUAAGCGACAUAGAUCCAUUAAGAUGGCCCGCCUCGAAGUGGCGUAGUCUUCAGGUGGAGUGGGAUGAGCCUGGAUGUGGUGAUAAGCAGAAUCGAGUUAGCCCUUGGGAGAUCGAGACUCCCGAGAGCCUCUUCAUAUUUCCAUCUCUAACCGCAAACAUGAAACGCCCUUUCCACUCGGCUUUCAUAGGAGCACCGCCCGAAUGGGAUUCUUUAAUGAAUCGGCCUUUCCUCAGGGUUCCAGAGAAUCCACAUGGCGAGUUUCAAUGCCCCCCGAUAUCAAGCAUGUGGCCCGAGCAAUUGUUGAAGAUGCUUGGAAAGCCUCAUGGUAUGAUGAGUCCUCAUCCUAUGCAGGAAAUGAAAGACGUUGCGUUGCACGAACCAAAGUCUCUAGUGCAACCGGCCAUCAAGGACGUUUGUCUGCAAGCCGACACUCAUUCUCAGAGCUUCACCGGCCAGCCAUACAGAAAGCCUAACAUAUCCGGGAACCUAAUAUCUCCAGGAGCUGGUCAGGAACUGUCGGAGAUCGACUCCGUUCCUGCUGCGAAUCAAUCAGGUCAGUGCCAGUCCGAGGGACAGCUCAGCGAAGAAAAAUUGAUGAGUAAGCCCACGAAUCCACAAAGCUUCAGCAACGAUUUGAUGGUGUCGGGGCAGAUUGGUGGAGGCUCCGUGCCUUUCCAAACGAGUCCGUGUGAAACGCAAACACGCCUGGAGACACACAGUCUUCAAAAUCUAACGGUCAAUCCAUCCCACGUUGAAUCUACUAUUGCCAACGCCUUGGUCGAUUUUAGCCCAUACCCGAUGAUGUGUCCAUAUCCUCCCCCGGGAUUGUUUAGAAACACGGGAUCCUUGUCCGUGUUCAAGAAACCUGACCAGUCUCCAAUGUCGUCUGAAGUGGCUUACCCGAUGAUGCUGCCUUCAGUCGGACAAGAGUUAUGGGACGGCCAAUUUAGCAACCCCAAGUGCGCCGCUCUUCCCGUGCUGCUGCCUCAUCACGACAUGUCGAACUUCCAGUAUUGUUCUAAUGUUUUGAAAGAUUUGUCAGAUGAUAACCACAAACAAAGUGACAUAUACAGCUGUCUCAAUCUUGACGGGAGUAACAGCGGGAGCACGGUGAUCGACCCUUCUUCGGUCUCUAGCACCAUCUUGGACGACUUAUCCGCCCUCAAGAACAUGGAUUUCUCGAACCCCACGGAUUACAUGGUGGGGGGCUUCUGCUCGACCCAAGACGUCCAAUCGCAGAUCACGUCGGCCAGCUUAGCAGACUCCCGGACGUUCUCCAUACAGGAAUACGCUGACAACUCGGGCGGGGCAUCAUCCAGCAACGUGGACUUCGAUGACAACAAUCUCCUGCAGCAGAGCUCCUUCCAGCAAGUCACUCCUAGAUUCCGGACUUACACAAAGAUUCAAAAGGCGGGAUCGGUGGGGAGGUCGAUUGACGUGUCGAGUUUCAAAACGUACAACCAGCUGCGGUCGGAGAUUGAACGCAUGUUCGGGCUGGAGGGUCUGCUGAACGACCCCGGCUCGGGAUGGAAGCUCGUGUACGUGGACUUUGAGAGCGACGUGCUUCUCGUUGGGGAUGAUCCGUGGGAGGAGUUUGUUGGGUGUGUUCGAUGCAUAAGGAUUCUGUCGCCGGCGGAGGUGAAGCAGAUGGGGGAGGAGGGGAUGCAGCUGCUCAACUCCGCGGCGGGGAUGCAGCUGCAGGGGGAUUCAACUUGAAUGUGUUAUAUGAUCGUAUUAGAUGAAUGCUGUAUGUAAAUUGGAUUCUGAUUCAGCCUUGUAGCUUUUCAUCAUUCUCUUUUUCCCCCCAAAACUUCGUUUAUCGCUCUAAAUUUUGACUCAAAUAAACAGAAAUAUGCAUAUUCAAAA